GGGCAGUGGGCGGGGCCGUGUUCUGGGUGCCGUUCCAUGGCCAGGGCACAACCAAGCGAGCGAAGGUGACCGAAGGAGGGGCUCACUGAGCGCCCCGGCAGGGAGAGGAUUGGCGAGUAGUGGGCAGGUCUGUAUCCCUGGCCACGCAGGCCCGGGCUGUACAGCCUCACGGCCUGGCGGAAUCGCACAGCUCUCCGGAUCUCAGGUGACCGCGGGAGGGGAAGCACGCAGCGUGGGGACGAAGACGCGGUGGUGGGCAGGGACCUAGCGGGGGAAGGAACCCGCCAGAGGCACUGCCAUGGCCGUAGGCAACAUCAACGAGCUGCCAGAGAACAUUCUACUGGAGCUCUUCACCCACAUCCCUGCCCGCCAGCUGCUCCUGCGCUGCCGCCCGGUCUGCAGCCUCUGGCGAGACCUCAUUGACCUGGUGACCCUCUGGAAGCGCAAGUGCCUGAGAGAGGGCUUCAUCACCGAGGACUGGGACCAGCCGGUGGCUGACUGGAAGAUCUUCUACUUCCUCCGAAGCCUCCGAAGGAACCUCCUUCACAACCCAUGUGCUGAAGCUAACGAGAGGACCAAGGCUCAGAGAAGGAAAGAAACAUGUCUAUGGUCACACAGCCCAUUACUGCUGGAGCUGAAGGGAUUUGAGUUCUGGAGCCUGGAUGUGAACGGAGGUGAUGAAUGGAAGGUGGAAGAUCUCUCCAAAGACCAGCGGAAGGAAUUCCCCAAUGACCAGGUCAAGAAAUACUUCGUGACUUCCUAUUACACCUGCCUCAAGUCCCAGGUGGUGGACCUCAAGGCUGAAGGGUAUUGGGAGGAGCUGAUGGACACCACCCGACCGGACAUCGAGGUCAAAGACUGGUUCGCAGCCAGGCCAGACUGCGGGUCCAAGUACCAGCUGUGCGUUCAGCUCCUGUCGUCGGCCCACGCACCGCUGGGAACCUUCCAGCCAGACCCCGUAACGAUUCAGCAGAAGAGCGACGCCAAUUGGAGGGAGGUUUCACACACAUUCUCCAACUAUCCUCCCGGCGUCCGCUACAUCUGGUUUCAGCACGGAGGCGUGGACACUCACUACUGGGCCGGCUGGUACGGCCCGAGAGUCACCAACAGCAGCAUCGUCAUCGGGCCCCCACUGCCCUGAUGCCCCCCGAACCCCUGUCCUCGGAGCCCUAAUUGGUAAACAGCCGUCAGAAAGGGCCAGGCUCGGGAAGUGUGGGGGAGGGGGGUGGAAGCCAGGCACUUCCAGACCUGUUUGUCUUUGCCCCCCCAGCUGCCUCCUCUGUGCAGAGCUUCUAGUGUGUCUGGGCCACACUCUUCUCUCCAAAGGCUGGCCCUCCAGCAAGGUCACCCCUUCAAGGGGUGCAGUGCCUGAGGUUAGGUGGAUACAAAAGUCAUCAGGGAGAGACCCCCAAGCUCAAAUGCUUGCCCAGAUCUGUCUGUACCUCUGCCCUUUGUUCUCCUUCAGGGCCCUUAGAGCAGGGAUGAGUGAGACACCUGACAGGUUUGGGGACUGCCCUUGAUGAUGCAGACGUUGAGGGGCAGAUCUGGGAUAGAAGGCGGUUCUGCUGGCCAGACCUUAGCCUGGUUGUCAGCUGCGGCUUCUGUCUUGGCCAUCUUCCUUGCUUUGGCUUGGAAGUCAGGCCUGGUACCAGAUAGGCAGGUAGGAUCAGACUGUCCUUGUCGUCAGCAAAGCCCAGAAAGCCAGGUGGGUGCCAAUGAGUGCAGGGCUCCCCAGAGAACCCAUGGAAUCCCACUCAGGAUGGAGGGGCAGGAUGGACCUUGAUUCCGAGAGCUGGAAUGGGGAAACCAAGUAGAGGGACCUGGGCAAGUUCUCUGUGGCUUGGAGAUGUCCAAGCCCAACUGUUGGAGCAUCCAUUCCCACACUGUCCCCUGACUCCAGUACCACGCCAACCCUCCUACUGCACAGCCAAAUAAAACAUUUCCCAGCC